AUGGUGAAUAUUGAUUUCUCCCAAAAUUACUUGGCCGAUUUCAUUCCAAGUGAGAUAAGGAUGCUUAAAGAGUUGUUUGGGUUGAAUUUGUCCCACAACAAUCUAACAGGGACAAUUCCUGCUGAAAUGGGAGAAGUUGAAUCGUUGGAAUCACUUGAUUUAUCUUUCAAUCAACUUUCCGGACCAAUUCCGAGGAGCAUAUCAAGAUUAAAUUCAUUAGGCGUGUUGAAACUAUCUCGCAACAAUCUCUCUGAAGAGAUUCCUCGAGAGGGUCAUCUUUCCACAUUCAAUGAGGCUUCAAGUUUUGAUAAUGUGAAUCCUUUUCACAAUUUGACUUUCUUGAAAUUCCUAGACCUUUCAGAAAAUGAAUUCACUUCUAUAGAUGGUGGAGUUUCAUCUUUCAUAUUUGGAAACAAUUGUAUUUUAAAAGCACUUGAUUUAUCGUACAACCCUGAUUUUGGUGGAGAUGUGUUUAGAAGUGAUAAAAAUGAAUCUAUGAGUUGCGACCAUUAUGAUAUGCAAGUGCUUAACUUACAUGAUACAUCUAUGAAAAUCAAAAUUCCAGAUUGGUUAGGAAAAUUAAAAAAUUUGCAGUCUCUUUCCCUUUCUACAAGCCUCAUUUAUGGUUCAAUUUCUACUUCACUUGGCAAUUUAUCCAACCUUGAAGAUUUAGAUCUUUCAAACAAUGCUCUAAUUGGAGCAAUUCCUACUUCAUUUGGUAGAUUAUUAAAUUUAAGAACAUUGUAUCUCGGACGGAAUAGAUUGGAGGAGUUCGGGGAGGAAUGUUUUAUCCAACUUGAAAAUUUGGAGGUGCUAGACAUAUCAAAUAACUUUCACAAGGGCGUUCUUGAAGAACCUCAUUUUGCGAAUCUCUCUCGGUUUAAUGUUUUAUUGAUUGCCGACAAUGAGCAUCUUUCAUUGGACAUGACAUCUAAUUGGGUUCCUGCUUUUCAAUUAAACCAUUUUGAUGCAAGUUCAUGUAUUGGUUGUUUUGGAAGUGAGUUCCUCAAUGGCUUCGAACACAAAAGGUAUUAG